AUAAAAACCUGAUAAGGAUACGGGCUUAGUACGAACACAUAGGAAUAUGCAAAAGACGUUUUUCUUUUUGUUACUUUUCCUGUCUUGUUUGAGAACAGGACCUUCCUUUCUAAUAGCUGGGAAUGCACCACGACGCGUUGUGAAAAUUUUGAAAGUGACAAAUGGUGCACCAUGGGGACAUUGGGGACCGCCUCAGUAUUGUGCGGAAGGUACUUACGCGAUUGGAUACUCAUUGAAGGUUGAAGGUGUCCAAGGCAAUGGGGACGACACGGCUUUAAACGCAAUCGCUUUGCACUGCAAGGGACUGGAUGACGUACGAUCUGGUGGGGCAAUCACGUCUACGCAAGGAAAUUGGGGGAACUGGCUACGCAGCGUAUCGUGCCAUGACAUAAAUGGAAGAACACCUUCGUUUCUCACAGCAUAUGCUCUUCAAGUUGAACAGUCAAUAGGGAAAGGUGACGACACUGCCGCAAAUUACGUAAAGUUUGCCUGUAGAGACUUUGCAGCGACAAUACGCCCCUAUGAACUCACUGCACCACCUGGACAAGGAUCGUUCGGCAAUAUGGGAAGCUGGAGCGAAAACUGUCCAGCAAAUUCUGCAAUUUGUGGAUUACAGACAAAGGUGGAAGAGGUACAGAAUGGAGGUGACGAUACCGCUUUAAAUAAUGUGGAAUUCCAUUGCUGUGAAGAGAAUUUAGAAGCAGGAAAAUAAAUUACUCUUAUGUUUGACAUAA